AUGGUUGAUCGCGAGCAGCUGGUGCAGAAAGCCAGGCUGGCUGAACAGGCUGAGAGAUAUGAUGAUAUGGCAGCUGCUAUGAAAUCGGUAACAGAACUGAACGAGGCCCUGUCCAAUGAGGAAAGGAACCUCUUGUCUGUGGCUUACAAGAAUGUGGUGGGCGCCCGUCGCUCAUCCUGGAGGGUCAUCUCCAGCAUUGAGCAGAAGACCUCGGCUGACGGAAAUGAGAAGAAGAUUGAGAUGGUCCGGGCCUACCGGGAGAAGAUUGAGAAGGAGCUGGAGGCCGUGUGUCAGGAUGUGCUCAACCUCCUGGACAACUUCCUGAUCAAAAACUGCAAUGACACGCAGCAUGAGAGCAAAGUGUUCUACCUGAAGAUGAAGGGCGACUACUAUCGGUACCUGGCUGAGGUGGCCACAGGGGAGAAGAGGGCCACAGUGGUGGAGUCGUCGGAGAAGGCCUACAACGAGGCCCACGAGAUCAGCAAAGAGCACAUGCAGCCCACCCACCCCAUCCGUCUGGGCUUAGCUCUCAACUACUCUGUGUUUUACUACGAGAUCCAGAAUGCCCCAGAGCAGGCCUGUCAUCUGGCCAAGACCGCCUUCGACGACGCCAUCGCCGAGCUCGACACCCUCAACGAGGACUCCUACAAAGACUCCACUCUCAUCAUGCAGCUGCUCCGAGACAACUUGACACUGUGGACAAGUGACCAGCAGGAUGACGAGGGAGGGGAGGGCAACAAUUAA